CCUCACCAAGACAUAAAGAGAUUAUUCUCACAAAUCGUCACUCCAUAAACACCUAGGUCACUGUUUACCAUGGUUCCAUCAGAAUCACGUUUAUCCAUUGGCUAACAUGUCGAUAGAACAUAUUAUUUUCACAUUUACUUCAAGCCCACAUUUAUCGGCCAUGAAAAAGUGCAGAGAGUAGGAUGUCAAUUCAUGUUGCAAGGAAUAACAGCAGUACUGCUUUUGAAUUUCGAAACUAAGGGCCUGUUUGGGUGCUCAGGUGAUCUUAGAUCAUCUGAGAUAGUUUUGUACAGAUGGAUACACUCUCCAUCCAAACCCACACAAUUUAUUUCAUUUGAAAUAACCUCACUUUUUUCAUCUUAACUCAGCACUGUUCAUUGAUGGCACUUUUAUUAUUAUUCCAUCUCAACUCAGCACUGUUCGUCGCUGCCUUUGAUGUAUCUUGGUCUCCCCCCUGGUGCCUCUCAUAAAGCUGUCUCGAUUUGGGAAGGAGUGAUUGAGAAGAUUGAGAGGAGAUUAGCCAGCUGCAAAAAAUUAUAUUUGUCUAAAGGGGGUAGAAUCACUUUAAUCAAGAGUAUGCUGAGCAAUCUUCCAACAUAUUUCCUUUCUCUCUUCCCUUUAUUGGCUGGGGUUUCUUUGAAUUUUUUUUUUGAUAAGUUAUCGAUAAUAUUAUUAAUGGAGAUAGGCAAAACCUGAGUACACAAGAUGGUAUACAAGAGAUCAAACCUAUCUAGAUCAAAGUAAUAGAAGCAAUUAAUCUAUAGGAAUUUCUUGUGGGGAGAUAAAGAGGAGGAAAAGAAAUUUCAUUUGAUGAGUUGGGAUAAGGUUUGUCAACCAAUUUCAAAGGGGGGAUUGGGUUUGCGUAACUUGAGGCUUUUUAAUAAAGCUCUUUGUGGGAAAUGAUUAUGGAGAUACCAUUUUGAAAGAGAUGCUUUAUGGCAACAUGUGAUAGAAACAAAUACGGGCAUAUGUGGGGUAGUUGGUGUUCAAAUGAAGUAAAAGGAGAUUCUGGGAUGGGAUUAUGGAAGUCUGUUCGUAUGGGCUGGGGGGAGUUUGUUAAACAUGUCAAAUACAAGGUGGGGGAUGGUUCAAGAAUUCUUUUUUGGCAUGAUUAUUGGUGUGGAGAGUUAACACCCAAGAAUGAUUUUCCUUCCUUAUUUCAGAUUGCAAGGCUUCAAGAUGCAUCUGUGGCUGAUUCCCUCUCUUUUCUGAGUAAUAGCAUGCACUGGUCUGUUGACUUUGUGAGAAAUGUAAAUGAUUGGGAAGUCACUGUAAUUUCAGAUUUUCUCCGCAGAUUAUACGAGCUGAAGAUUGUACAAGGAAGUGUAGACAGUUUGUCGUGGAUUCAUGAACGAAAUUCCAGAUUCUCAGUCCAUUCCUACUACCAUGUAUUAACCUGCCAAGGUGUAUGCGAUUUCCCCUGGAAAAGUAUUUGGAAAGUUAAAGUGACAAAUAAGGCUGGGUAUUUCUUGGGUGAUGCCAAAGCAGGUUGUUAAUUUAAUUGCUGGCUGGAAGUAACCUGGGCAGAGUCUAUCCAUUACAGCAACUUGGAAAAUGAUCCCUUCGUGUUUGAUGUGGUGUCUUUGGCUAGAAAGGAACGGGAGAUGUUUUGAAGACAAAGAACGAUCGAUGGAAGAAUUUAGGGAAUUUUUCUUUAAAACUCUACGUCUAUUUAAGGCCAUUGUAAUGAAAGGUGAUGAAUUGUUGGAGUUUUUCUAGUUUUUUCUUUCCUUUUAUUCGCUGUAUGAGGUA